GUUUGGGCUAUGGGGUGCGAGCUUAUGGGGCGUGGGAUGUGGCUUGUGGGCUGUAAAGUAUGAGAACAUCGAGCACGGGAACGAAACGUAGAGCACACAGCGUAACACGUGGGGCUCUGGGGCUGGGAACAUGUGACCCCGUGCCCCUUGACCCCGUGGUGACCCCGUGCCCCUUGACCCCGUGGUGACCCCUGCUCCUGUGCCCCCAGGCGCUCCGCUCGCUGUCCCGUUACCCGCUCCCGCUGCGGUCGGGUCGUGACGCCGCAGUUCUGCGGCACUUCGGGCCUCGGCUCUGCCAGCGCCUCGAGACGCGGAUGCGGCAGCACCGCGUGGAACAAGGGCUCCCCCCGAGCCCCCCCGCUCCCGCUCCCCAGGCCCCGCCCCCCGCCGCGGCUCCGCCCACCGAGCAGUACAAGCCCCGCCCCCACUCUGCCCCUCACUCCCUAUUGGUCGCUCUGCUCAAGAGCAAGGAGCCCCUCCUGGAGGCGGAGCUUCUACGCAUGGCUCCGCCCCUCCGCGCCCGCCCCAUAGUGAGCAACCCCCCCCCACCCCCCCAACCCUGGGAACGUCCUGGGGGUCCUAUGGGGCCGUGUAGGGGUGCUGGGGGGGUCCUGGGGGGUCAUACGUGGGUCCUGAGUGUCCCUAUGGGGCUGGGUGACCCCGAGGAGCUGGAGCUGCGCCCGGGGCACUUUGAGGUGGUGCUGUGCGCCGACGUCACCGAGGGCAGCGG